AUGUCAGUUCACGUCGGGUCGUCCCCGAGACUCAGACGGGGCGGCACUUGUCCAAACCUUUGCCCUCAUCUCGGGACACGCCGCGAUGCAAGUAAACUCGGGACGACAGCAGCCACGUCCCUCGGCACCGACCGAAAGAACAAAAAAAAUUUUGACCUUGAGCGGCUCGCCGAGAAGGGGUACCUCAGCGAAUAUGAUAAGGUAAGGCAAAGUAGGCGUGAGAAUCCGCGCAACCACAAGGCAAAGAUCGAUUGUAGAGGGCAAAAGACAAAGGGCAAACAACCCGAAACCAUGUUGCGGAAAAAACCCUCCUGGCACCACACGAAAAGUGCCAUCCCAACCCAUGACACAUGCCCCAAUCCACAAACCACAGGUACCCAGAUUCUAGCCUCGACUCGUGACAUCACAAGCCCGGACCUUGAGCCUCAAGCCCUCCCCCCUCUGUCGCAAGAUCCCUUCCAUCCGUCCCAACUCCGGCACUACAAGAAGAGAAGAAUCGACAACUCGAACGCCAGUCUCCAACCCACACACACUGAUCCCACUCAAUGGCACGCGACGCUGGAGAGCCCAGCUUAG